UUUGUGAUGAAUGAGGAGGCUGCCCGCGUCGGUGGGAGCUCUGCGCCUUUAAAAAACAAAAGGUUCCCUGUUCACGGUCCCCACCGACGACUCUCCCACGGUCCGGUCAGCGGCACACGACUUUUAUUGGGCUAACGUCGAGACAUUAUCGACAUUUUUUCCGCUUCGAAGUACCUUUUUUCCCCCCUCUCUCUCUCUCUCCCUCUCGUCGGAGGAGCCGAAGAAGGACGAAGUUUUGAAUGAAGGUUUCCCGCUGGGACUGUGCAGCGGGAGGAGGGGGCAGUAGUUUGUGCGUGGGGUCGUCCAGUCCAGGGUGUCGGAUCCGCUCUCAUUUAUAACCAGACACACGGCGGCUUGUCCGGGGCAGAGCUCAGCCGAAGCGGACGCACCGAGAGCGUCACCGACGGGGACUUUUAAAAAAGUUUUUUAAAAAUUCGUCACCGGAGAGGAUUAAAGAGUCGGAGAAGUUGGAGAUAUAAAAAAGAAAAGUUGAACGCGGCGUCUGAACCUUUUGUUUUGCGUGGAGGGCUGCUGGACUUUAAGGUAACAUUUCACCCUGGAAGUCUCACUCUUCUCGCUGACACUUUGUCACUGAGCGGCUUUAGCCUCCAAACUUUUUUCUUUUUAUUGUCAUUGAAGCGGCGUUUCAAAAUGGAUAAAUACGAGGAUUUGGGACUCGAGGCGAGUAAGUUCAUCGAGGAUCUGAACAUGUACGAAGCAUCCAGGGAUGGUUUAUUUCGAAUGCGCAGGGACGCAGGAAACAACCCCGACUUUGAGGAGACCAGGAGAGUUUUUGCCUCUAAAAUGUCCAAAAUACACAUGCAGAAGCAGCAGGAGGAGAUGGCGAAGAACAACCAGGCCGUCAAAAUGAAUGGAGGUCACAACAGCACGUAUUACACCAAAGACAGACCGCCCAUCAACAGUUACAGACAGUCGGGUGAAGCUGCGGCGAAGCCCCCGAUACUCUCUGGCCCACCGCCGAGCUCCGCCGCGGGGAACCAGUACGCUCAGUUUGACGGCCAGAAACACCACAUCCCGUCUGAGCCUCCGGCAGGCAGGGCAUAUGGCUACGGAAACAAUUACGAUAACAAGGAGCUGCAUCCAUACCAGCACACCACCCCUUCUCCGCCCAGCGCGCCCACACAUGCUCGUCACCCCUUCAGCCAGCCUGGUGCUUGGGCCCCAUCCAGGGAGAGCCAGCCUUCCCCGACUCUGUCUGGGUCAGGGGGCGACGGCGCGUCUCAGCAGCAGCCCCAGCGCCUGCCAUCGCUCCCCCCAGCCAGCAGUCUUCCAUCUCAGCAGAGUCAGACUGUCACCUCCCCUGUCUGCCUGCCGUCCCCCGCUGGGCCAGCCAGGGCAUGGGCUGGGGAGAACUGUGCCCCGGGAAACCCGGACUUGAUCCCCGCACUGCCUCUGAGUGCCUUCACGGGGGGAGCUGACUUUCACGUGCAGCAGCCUUCCACGCAGCCCGCGGCACACUAUGUGCCACCCUCUCCGACUUCAAGAUCCCCCGCCAGCCAUAAUGGUCCUGCGGCGGCCUCCUCUGUCCUACCCAAGCCUUCUGAAACACCUCAGCCCAAAGCCCAGAUGACAUCUGCCACACUGAGCCCUGGAAGUAUCUCCAAAAGCACCAGCCAGGGUCAAGGUCAGAGCCAAAUACCCGUCUUUGGAAAGGCCGUCAGCGCUGAAGAUGAGUCCCCAUGCUCUCCCAAGCCCGUCCAGCUUCCAUCCCAGUGUGUCCUGACGCAGCCCACCGACCAGGAGCCUUCACCGGCUGAAAUAAAGCUGGAGGCUCUAACUAAUCGCCUGGAGAAAGAGAUGGACGCCCAACCAAAGACGGACUACUUUGGAGCCUGCGUCAAGUGUAAUAAGGCAGUGUAUGGAGCCAACCAGGCCUGCCAAGCCAUGGGGAGCCUCUACCACGACAGCUGCUUCACCUGCAGUGCCUGUAGUCGGAGGCUGAGAGGGAAGGCUUUCUACUAUGUUGGAGGGAAGGUUUUCUGUGAAGAGGACUUUCUGUACUCUGGUUUCCAGCAGUCUGCUGACAAGUGCAACGCAUGUGGACAUCUGAUCAUGGACAUGAUCCUGCAGGCCCUGGGGAAGUCGUACCACCCUGGCUGUUUCCGCUGUGUCAUCUGUAACGAGAGCCUUGAUGGAGUGCCCUUCACUGUGGACACUGAAAAUAAGAUCUACUGUGUCAAAGACUACCACAGGGUCCUGGCGCCGAAAUGUGCAGCCUGUAACCAGCCCAUCCUGCCCUCAGAGGGGUCCGAUGAAACCAUCAGAGUCGUAUCCAUGGACAAAGACUAUCACGUGGAGUGCUAUCACUGCGAGGACUGUAAGAUGGAGCUGAAUGACGAGGAGGGCCACCGCUGCUACCCUCUGAACGGCCACCUCCUCUGCCACUCCUGCCACCUGAAGCACAUUCAGCCCGGCGACUCCCCUUCAGCCGCCGCCGCCGCCUCCUCCUCCUUCUAACGCUGCUGCAGGUUGUGGGAGACUCCUGGUGGAUCUGAGGAGGAACUGCCAAUAUUUACAAUUCUUGUUGUAGAGGAUUGAUAGAUUUGAUUUAAUGCACCACAUACUAUCAUAGUUUGACGUGUGUUUUUCGACAGGAAUGUUAAUGAAGCCUCCUUUUAUGCAGAACACAAAGAGGGGUUUCGACCCCAGCGAUGAUGUCUUGAGAUAUGCCAAAGCCCCACUUUGAAUGCAAUCAAUUGUCGUGCCACGCGGUCAUUUAUAUGUAAAUAUCAGUUGCAGUGGCCGUGUACAUAUCUUGUCGUGCUCAUCUUAGCUACCGUGUGCCUUAACCUUCACGAGCUUCACGCGCUCACAACUUCAAGGUUCUGCAAUUUACAACAAAAGAUGUGAAGUCAGCUGUGGAACGCGACACAAAUCACAGGUACCUGAUAUUUAAGUCAGAGAGGGAAGGGUGGUCUACCGACUCUCGGUUUUUAUUGUUCAAUAUUAUUUUUAAAGGCACACAAUAAUAUUUCAGGUAGUUCCUUUUCAUUUCUGAAACGGUUAAUUAAGCAGCAUCUUGCCAACCGUCUUCUAUAUGCAAUAAACUAUCAAACUACUUCCGCACUUAACAUCUUUAUCAUUAUACGACUAAGAAGGAAGUCUUUGAAGAGCCCGGUUGUACUGCUCGUGGUGAAUAAACACCUGUUAUGAAGUCUGUUCGGAGCACUUAUAGAUCUGUGAGUUUUCUAUGCACCAAUGAAAAAUGUUGUGACUAGACCCGUAGAUCUAAGAAAUGAACAUUUGCAAUCAUAUUUUAAACAGUUAUAUACAUAUAUAUAAAUCUAUUGUAGGCCUAAAAGCAAUUAGCGUGUUUCAUUUCAAUGAAAACUCUCUUAGUAAUUAAUUUGAUUUGAGUUGCUUUUGGUCACAUGCUUUUGCAAUCCAAAUGUUAUCCUUGCCUUGUUUUGAGUUUACUAACUUAAUGCCUAUGUUGGUUUUUUGUUUUGCCAUUUUGGGUCUUUAUUUCAUACCCAACUGUAGAUUAAGAUGAACAUAUGUCCUGUAUGAUUGUUGAAAAGGAAAUAUUUAAUAAAGGCAUUGAAAUAGA